AUGGGAAUCCCAGACACAAACCAAAAAGGGGUGGGUUGUAGUCACAGGUCGCGGAGAGGAGUGAGGGACGGUUGGGAGGAGGAGGGAUGCGAGGCCAGCACGUGCGGGUUGCAACCGGGUGAACGAACGUCAUUGACCCACCUCGGGCCCUACUUCCAUCGAGGCGAUAACACCCCCGCCGAUAUGAUUGCUAGCUACGAUUCGUUUAUAUGCCGUUGUGUCACUAAUAGCAAUAUUGCGAUUUGCCAUCAGCGGUGCGUUGUGCCAAUGUCAACUACACUUAGUAAUGGAGAAUUUUCUAAGGUGGUGUUUACGACUUGGUGGAGGUCCACUGCACCGGAGUUCUACUUCCGGCCUCGACAGGGCGAUCAAUACGUAUCGGGGAACGAACUCCUGACCUCGAGCUCAGAACUGGGGCGCCGCGCAAGCGCUACCACGCCAACACCAUCGGUGCAUCCUUGCCACACUCCAUUUUCAAAUGCUAAUUUUAUCUCAAAAUCUACUUCACUAUGUUCGAUAGCUAAAUAA